AUGUAUGCACUUAUUUUAUUGAUUGGAAUGCUUAAGUUCUCUUGUGCAUACGAAAAUCUGGCAUUUCGGAAACCCACUUGGCAGAGUUCAACACAUUCCAUCGAUAUAUCCGGUCCCGAGAAAGCUCUUGACGGUUUGAAGUCAGAUUUGUCCUAUAAUGGACAACAGUGUAGUGUUUCAACUGAUGAGGAAACCAAUGCAACCUGGUGGGUUAACCUUACUGAUAUUGUCAGGAUACACAAUAUAAUGAUCUACUACAGAACGGAAAAUGGACCCUGGGGUCAAUCAAAUCCAUUCACAAGUAGAUUUAUGGGAUUUUACUUAUAUAUAUCGAACACAACAAACAUGGAAGAUGGCUUUUUGUGUUUCCACGACACAAUCUACACCACUGCCACAAUACCAGCUGUUGCCAACAUAAGCUGUCCUAUACAUGGGCAAUACGUCAUCUACUAUAACGAAAGACCCGCAAAAAACAGUUACACAACCGGACAUUCUGUAUAUGCUUAUACAGAGCUCUGUGAGGUCGAAGUAUACGGUUGUUCUAAUCCCAUGAAAUAUGGAGGAAAUUGUUCAAAACCAUGCCCUAAAAACUGUAAAGAAUACUGUCAUAUAGAAUCAGGAUAUUGUUUGCAGUGUAAACCAGGUUACAGUGGAACAUAUUGUGAACAAGUUUGUUUAGAUGGAUCCUUUGGAGAAAAUUGUGAUAAUCUUUGUAAUGAUACAUGUAAGACUUGUAAUAGAACAGAUGGAGUGUGUGACAAUGAUUGUUACCCUGGAUGGAUGGGGAUAUUUUGUGAAGAAGAGUGUGAUGGUGGAUUUCAUGGUGAGGGUUGUAGCCUACCUUGUGGGCAUUGCAAAGAAAGGAACCAAUGUCACUCAAAAAACGGGACGUGUUUGAAUGGUUGCGCCAAGGGCUAUGUGGGAUUGUUUUGCAAUAAAACAUGUAGUGAUGGAUACUUUGGGGAAAGUUGUGUCAAAAAGUGCAACAAUGAAUGUAAAGGAUGCAACAGAACAAAUGGAAUAUGUGAAAAUGGUUGUAACAUGGGUUGGCAAGGAGAUUUCUGCAACGAAGCUUGCACUAACGGAUACUUUGGGUCGAAUUGUUUGCACAAAUGUAACGAGACAUGUAGAGGGUGUAAUGGAACAAAUGGCGUUUGUGAAAACGGUUGCCUCCAUGGUUGGAAAGGAUUAUACUGUCAUGAAGAGUGCAUUGAUGGAUUCUUUGGCAAGAAUUGCAGUGAGACCUGCGGACAUUGUAAACGAAUUAAGGAUUGUCAACCGAUAAAUGGAAUGUGCCUAAAUGGAUGCAUUGCAGGAUAUGAAGGACAUGCCUGUAAUAAAACAUGCCCUGAUGGAUACUUUGGAGAAAAUUGUGUUCAGAAGUGCAGCGAUACAUGUAGAGGAUGUAACAGAACAAACGGAUUAUGUGAGAAUGGGUGUCAUCCUGGCUGGCAAGGAAAUUUCUGUCACCAAGAGUGUGAUAGUGGAUUCCAUGGUGAGGGUUGUAGCCUGACUUGUGGACACUGUAAACCGACAAACGAAUGUCACAACAUAAAUGGAACUUGUUUGAAUGGUUGCACCGAGGGAUAUGAGGGAGAAUUUUGCAAUAAAACAUGCCCUGAUGGAUACUUUGGAGAAAAUUGUGUUCAGAAGUGCAGCGAUACAUGUAGAGGAUGUAACAGAACAAACGGAUUAUGUGAGAAUGGGUGUCAUCCAGGGUGGAAAGGAAAUUUCUGUCACCAAGCAUGCACUGAGGGGUACUUUGGAUCGAAUUGUUUGCACAAGUGUAAUGAGACUUGUAAAGGGUGUAAUGGAACAAAUGGCGUUUGUGAAAAUGAUUGCCUCCCUGGUUGGAAAGGACUGUAUUGUCAUGAAGUAUGCAACAAAGGAUUCUACGGAAAUAAUUGCAGCAUGAUUUGUGGAAACUGUUUGAACUCGGAACAGUGUCAACCAAAUAACGGGACUUGUAUGAAUGGUUGUGAUUUGGGCUUUGAAGGAGCAUUUUGUAAUGAAACAUGUAAGGAUGGAACUUUUGGACAUAACUGCCAUGCUACAUGCAACGAUACGUGUUAUGGAUGUAACACAACAAAUGGUAAAUGUGAAACCGGAUGUCAUCCAGGAUGGAAAGGAGAUUACUGCAAUGAAGAGUGCAUUAAUGGAUUCUUUGGCAAGAAUUGUAGCAAGACAUGUGGGUUUUGUAAACGAAUGGAGGAUUGUCAACCUAUAAAUGAAAUGUGCCUAAAUGGAUGCAUCGCCGGAUAUGAAGGACAAACCUGUAAUAAAACAUGCACUGACGGAUACUUUGGAGAAGGCUGUGUCCUUAAGUGUAGUGAUGCAUGUAAAGGAUGUAACAAACGAAAUGGGAUCUGUGAGGAUGGUUGUCAACCUGGUUGGGAAGGGAAACGCUGUUCAGAUAAGUGUUUGAAGAACUUCUUCGGAGAAGGAUGUAAUAUGAGUUGUGCUCAGUGUCUGAACGGGAAACAAUGUCACCAUAUCAACGGUUCAUGUCAGAGUACAUGUGCACCUGGAUACAGUGGGGAUAAAUGUGAUGAGGAGUGCACCAACGGCUGGUAUGGCUCAGAAUGUCAAGAACAAUGUGGUUACUGUAAAGAUCAUAGACCCUGCCAUCACGUGACCGGUUCCUGUUCUGGUUUAUGUGAACCUGAAUAUACCGGAGAUCAAUGCAAACAAAAUGUUUUCUCUCAAAUUCUUGCCAAUCAGAAAGAAAUGCUGAACUUGAUGAGGGAGUUGACUGCUUAUAAAAGACACAGAGAAGGGAAGAAAAAAAUCUUCGCAUCUCCAACUCACUUGAAAUAAAUAGAAUUGUUAA